AUGUCGGCUAUAUACGGGACACGCAUGGAAUCGGACUAUCCACUCGAUGAUACGCUGGAAUACUUUAUCAAAUUCCCCUCACCCAACUUCCGGAGCGACACGCAAACGGCCGAAAGUGACUAUGUGUUUGUGUGCAAUGAAACGAAUGUCCCCAUCGUGUUGCUGCUUGGCUGGGCCGGAUGUCAGGAUAAAUAUCUCAUGAAGUACUCCAAGAUCUAUGAAGACCGUGGACUCAUCACCAUCCGAUACACGGCGCCGGUGGAAAACCUGUUCUGGAAGCGCGCCGGGAUGCAUCAGAUUGGGGAGAAGAUAUUGAAACUCAUCUACGACAUGAACUUCGACAGCCAUCCGCUCAUAUUUCACGUAUUUUCCAACGGAGGUGCGUUCCUGUACCAGCACAUUGCACUCGCAUUAAGACGCUCCAAAUCCCCGAUCAAUAUCUGCGGCAUGAUCUUCGAUUCUGCACCGGGAGAUCGACGGAUAGUUGGUCUUUAUCGUGCCAUUACGGCUAUCUACGGGAAGGAGCGACGGUGCAACACACUGCUGUCCGCAUUGAUGGCCGUCGCAGCCAUUUUACUUUGGACGUUUGAGGACGCCUUCAAUUAUGUGCUUAACUUUAUCAAACCCCGCGGCUACGAAGUACAAACCAAUCCGUCGCACAAUCUGAAGUACGAAAGCAACGCAUGGCCACAGCUGUUCCUCUACUCAAGGGAGGAUCUUUUGAUACCCUACACUGACAUUGAAAAGUUUGCCAACUACCGACGACGCUGCGGUGUGGACGUGCGUUCGGUUUGCUUUGAACGUUCGGAGCAUGUAAAACACUACAUCCGGCAUCCGCAGCAAUACAUCUACACCGUGUGCAAGUUUAUUAACGACUGUUUAUCUCACUACUAUGGCAAAUUUCACAACUAA